CAGGCAAGUAACGAUACGAAAAAUUUUCCAUCGCUCCAUCCACACGUCAAUCAUUACUUUUUUGUUCUCCUUAUCACGAUGCACAAUCAUUCGUGACAUAUAUAAGCAAUAGUAGUCGCGUCGAAGUGUAAAGUCAUUGAAAACUUCGUAGAGUUUCUUUAGGAACAAAACGAAUAUGUUUAACGCUGCAUUACGUGCUUGCCCAACCUGGCUCGAGAAACAACUCACCAAAAAGUAUCAGUACUAACGGUUUUGGCAGGAUGCAUAGUCAAACUACAGAAAUCAAGUCAAAGGAUGCGACAAUUCAUGUUCUUUCUGCGUUGCAAGACAAUUUCAUGUACCUGAUCGUUGAUCCAAAAACAAAUGAAGCUGCAGUCGUCGAUCCCGUUGAUGCAAAUGUUAUAGAUUCUGUUGUUAAAGAACACAAUGUUAAUUUAACAAAAAUUCUUACUACCCAUCACCACUGGGACCAUGCUGGUGGAAAUCAGAAUAUGUGCAGGAAAUUCAAAAAUUUAAAUGUAUAUGGUGGGGAUGAUAGAAUCGAAGCAAUAAAUUGCAGAGUGAAGCACGGUGAUAUAAUCAAUGUCGGAGAAUUGAAAGUGGAGUGUUUAGAGACACCUUGUCAUACAACGAGUCACAUAUGUUAUUAUGUCACUGGACCAGAGAAAGACACACCUUCUGUAUUUACAGGUGACACUCUCUUCAUUGGUGGUUGUGGAAGAUUUUUCGAAGGAACUCCUGAGCAAAUGCACAAAGCUCUCAACAAAGUUCUCGGUUCUCUACCUGGCGAGACGAGAGUGUUUUGUGGUCACGAAUACACGUGCGCGAAUUUGAAGUACGGCCUCGCGGUCGAACCGAACAACGAAGCGAUCCAGAAAAAGUUGGAGUGGGCGAUAAAAGAGCGUGAAACACAAACUCCGACUGUACCAAGUUCGAUUGCUGAAGAGAAACUCACAAAUCCGUUUAUGCGUGUUAACGAGGCGAGUGUGAUGGAACAUGCACAGACAACCGAUCCAAUUGAAACCAUGAGAUCUUUGCGCAAGGAAAAGGAUAGUUUCAAAGCAUAAUGGAAUUUCGUCUUGACUUCAAAUUUUUUGUUUUUUUUUUGUUUUUUUUUUUUAUAUGCCUAAAACGCACAAUGUCCAGAGAAUAAUAAAUAAUUUGCUUCCAUUUUUAAAAACAAUCAAAUCGAUUCGUAUAGCUAUUCUUUUUAAUCGGUAUAUCACUCAAAAAUCCGUGAUUAUAGAAUUGAGAGAUAAAAUAAUUCCUUUUCGUAUUUACAGAUAUGUUUCCAUUAUUUAAGUUAUGUUUAAUGUUGGCUGGGAAGGCACGUCUUCCACUUUUUUAUUGUAUAUUUGCAUUUCCGCCACGUAUUUUUCCUUGGAACGUUCAUACAUGUCGUAAUAAACCUGAAAUACAAAAAAAAAAUGUUUAUCCAAAUUUCGAAUGUGUGCGUAAACGAAUUGCUUGAUUAAUAUAUUGUACAAAUAACAUCUGAAAAUUUUUGUCAAUGUUGGGGUGAGUUUAAAUCUUUAGCUUUUCGAAUAAGCGAUUACAAGUACUUCCGAGUAAUUAUUAUCUCAUAAUGGACAACCAAUAUACGAAGAAUCCACAUAUUUUCAUUUUAUCUGAAAAAAUAAUUUACAAAUGGUGAUCAGAUCUUUGAAUUUUUUGGAGUACCUCAGAAUUUUUACUCUGUAAUGAAACGCAAUAAAAAAAUGAAAAGCCCA